UUUAAAGAAAUUUAUUCCAGAAUGAAAAUGGGAGUGAUCCCCCCUGAUUUGCUUGAAAGAUUAGCGCCCCUGGCUAGUAUGGAAGAUAUUAGUGUUGCUAACACCCCCUUGGUUACUCCCCUGGGUACGCCCCUGACUACCCCGGCACCCUCCCCUAGGACCAGGCACAGAUGGAGUCACCGUUCGUCUCUAGGAACAAUAUUGGACGAAGAGGAGGACGACGAUUCGUCUGAAGUGGACGAUUUUGAGAUGAAAGAUGAAUCAUUCACCUUGGACGAAUUGGAACAAAUGAAUGACUCAAAUGAAACUCUUGAUGAAGAUUUCAAAUUUUUUUCUCCAGUUUUACACUUUUACAGCUUACUGAAGAGGUAA